AUGGCGUACACGUCGCGCGACGAGAUGGCAAGAGCCAUGCUACGGUGCGUGGAGGAGUAUCCUCACACAGCCAUCACGGCGCAAUCGCUUUCGGAUAAGCUGCACACGGGGGACAAUCCGCCUGUGGAUCUCGUGGUCCGAUCGUCGGGGAUGUAUCGACUGAGUGACUUUCUGCUCUGGCAGUGCCAUGAGGAUACUCAGAUUCAGAUAGCGGAUGCGAUGUGGCCGGAGUUUGGGGCCUGGGAGCCCUUUAUGCGACUGUAUGACCUUUACCAAGCGAGGUAG